UAAUAUAAUAAUAUAAUUACAGAGAAUAAUUUUUUGCUCUCAGCGGUAGAAAAAACUUGUCUAAAAAUAAAAGCAGAAACUAUUAAUAUCUGCGCGCGUAGAAGCGUCAAAGAAAAGAAGUGAAAAUUCAUUCAUAAAAUCAAGUUGGCGCUCCCAAAACCUACGCGCUCCCCUCGCUCAACAUCUCUCAGCCUUCUCUUGCAGAGAGCGUCCGCAACGGUUUUCGAUUCUCGGAGCGCUUAACCACCGAAGAUGCAUACGCCACAUCUGGUCACUCCAUCAGCGCCGACGGCAGCGACGGCGUCAGCUGCUCACCACCACACCCAUCACCACCAAAACAACAACUACCAGCACUACGCUCCGCAUUAUCAAAACAACAACAGCAACUCAAGCUACAUACCACACGACCAAUCCACCACCAUUUUCAGCAAAACAAAUCCAACAUAUCACCACACUGCAACCAAUGCCACCACAAACGCCAACUCUAACCACACAAACAACACAAACAACACGAACAACACUUCAUCAUCAACGCCGUCUGCGCACAAAUUUGCGCCUGCACGUAGACUAGCUGCUCGUCAGACUUUGCGUCUGCAAAUACCCAAGCAACAGGGUGACUCGUAUGCCUUACAAAAUGCUUGCAAUGGUGGCGUGGGUGGUGCCGCUGCUUCUUCUACUUAUUAUAAACAUUCACCAUCACAGCUGCCGCCUGCGCCGAUCCUCAAGCGCCAUACGGCUACACCGACGCAAUCGCUUCAUGCGUCUAGCUCAUUUCCGAAAUCCGCUUCACCAUUGGAGUCACAUAAGCUGCCGAAUGUGGUUUGUAACAGCUCCUCGCCAUCCUCACAGUUAUCCUCGGCAUCGUCGUUGCUCUACAAUGGUAGCAACUAUAGCAGCAGCGGUUUGUCGAUACAUCCAGCUACAGCCACACCCACCAGCGGUGCGCAUAAAUUUUUGAAUUUGCGUAAGCCGAGCAUUACCUUGAAUUCGGCGGAUGUGCGUAACGGCAACACCAACAACAAUGGAAAUAGUAGCAGCAGCAUUGGCAGUUGUGGCAGUGAUUUGUUUGGCUUCACCAGGGAAUUGUCCCCCUCGAUUGACAUGAGCGAACAUUCUCCGAUUUUCGCCGAGCUCGCCUCAUCUAUAUCGCCUUCGACCACCAGUUCAGGCUGCUCACCCACGCAUCACAUAAAUCGUCUAUUCAGUCUAAGUCCUUCCACAAUGAGGAGUUAUGGCAAUGACGCUAGGUGUUUACGACGACGCUUCGGCAUGGGCAAUCGUAUGAGUAGUUUUUGGUGUAAAAAUUCGUCUUUGCAACUGCCAGACAACAGCAACAGCAAUAACAAUAAAAACAACAAAACCGAACGUGGACAGAGUCAUAAUCGCAGUCCAAGUGGAUUUUUCAAGAGUUCCGGCAAUCGGCGAAUGUCACUGAAUUGCGUGUCGCGUAAGUCGAAAUCCAGCGGCGAUACAACAGCAACCAGAUCUUCAACGGAGGAGGCUACAACAACAUUGAAAACACCCAUAAAUACAGCAACGACGCCAGCUGCUGCUGCUGCUAAAACUAUUGCAGCGCUGGACGAAUUAGUAGACUUUACGACAGCAACAACAAACUCAACGCCAGCAAGAUCGAAAAUCAGCACGACUGCAUCAACAUCAUCUUUGCCAGCACUAGCAGCUCCAACGACAACGACAACGACAACGACAACAACAGCAGCGAAAACCUCGCCCAACACGCCAUUAACGAUGACAACGAUUCUGUCAUCAUCAUCAUCCAGGCACGAACAAGCUAGCGCAACAACAAUACGCAAUAUCAGCACCACCGCCGCCACCAGCAAAACAACCAGUCGACAGCAGCAGCGACAAGCGAUAAAUAUGAAAACAAAUACACUGCCGAGAUCCACAACAACAACAACGACACCAACGAUAGUGAGAACACCGCCAGACGGUGGGCAAACAGGAACGCCGCCGUCGCAAACAAGUCCGGCAGCAACUGCAGCCGCUUCGAAGCGCACACCAACAAUCUCGACAAUCGAACAAGAAUUUGCGAAACUAAUGAAAGCGCGUACGGGCACAGCGAAUAGUGAAAGCCGCUAUGGGGAGGAAGAUAGUAGAGAUUUUAAAAAUAAGAGCACACAGCAAAAUCACUAUACAAUCAAGAAAAAUAUUGGCAAAGGCGGCGGCACCGAACGUUGUUCCGUAAAUGAUUUGAAAGCUUUGUUCUUAUCAGCGCCGCAAACAGCAGUGAAUUAUGCAUCAGCUGCAUCAGCAACGAAAACGAUGGCUGAGGGAAUAGCAACGAAGAACUUAAAAUCUCCCGUGAAGGUCAUCAUUACAGCUGCAGAUGAGAGCACAGACACAGAAGGCAGCACAGAAUACAGCAAGCGCGCAAAUGGAAAUCUACCCAGUAAACCCAUAAAUCAUGUUCAGCCAUAUAUGAAG